AUUUUAUUUCCACUGCCAUGGUUGGUUGGUUUGGUCGAGUGUGUACGAGUCGUGAGAUUAGUGUGUGUAUAUGUAAGUGUCAUGGUGGAUAAAUUUUUUUCUCAAUUUUAUGUUUACCAGUUACUUUGCGGUACGAGUUCUAGAAUAUUAACAAUUAUCAACUAAUCAAAUUCGUCGAUCAGUUAAAAUUCAACGUAGACUUUAAAUCGGCCGGACGAUGACAACAAGGUCACAGUUAUGACAAACCUCGUCAGAGCAAGUUUUCGGAAUCGAUAUUUUUUCAAUUCGGUUUUCGGGUUAAGUUCGCCGAUUUAAUCUCGAAAAGAUCAACAAUGGCGGAGAGCAAAGUGUUCAUCCGAUGUCCGAGCUCGUCGAGCCCACCGCCGAAUUGCGCAAUCUGCCUGGGGAAUUUCUCCAACAAGUGCUUCUCGGAUUCCUGCAUGCACGAGUUCUGCUUCAAAUGCCUGCUACAAUGGUCGAAGAUCAAGCCGGAGUGUCCCCUUUGCAAGCAGCCCUUCACUAGAAUCAUUCACAAUGUGAAGAGCAACGAAGAGUACGAUGAACAUGUCGUGGAAAUAACGCCGCCCGAAGAGGUGCUCUUGAUCGACAACGAAGAAAAUUUGUUGUUUCUGCCUCGCGGCCAAUCCCAGCAAUCUACGAGACACCAUUUCCACUUCAGAACAACAUUUACCGUCGAUACAAAUGGAGAACACGCUAUACAACAAAUGCUGCUCACCCAUCCGCAUAUAUCGGUCAGUACGAGCGGUUUCGUGCCCCCCAUAAACGUUUAUCACAGACGACGGGUCAUCAGAGAGCGCGAAUCGACCACAAGCUUCAGACGGUCCAUUUACAUCAGACAUUUAUGGGCCAUUCCUAUACCGGACGUUACGGGGAGAUACCGGGACGUUUCACCUUCCUUCUUCAGGGUUUAUCCGGCGGCCCGGACGAGACUGGCCCCGUGGUUGAACAGAGAACUGAACGCGAUACUCUACGAAAACACCCAACUGGUAAUGCGACUGGUCGAUAUCAUAAUGGAGCAAUUGUUGCGAAAUCACGUACGAAGCAGGGCCUUCCACAAUUUGCUCUUCGAGUACCUCGACAGCGAGACGGAGCACUUUAUUCACGAAUUCUACAAUUUCAUGAGAUCUCCCUUCGAUAUGAUCGGCUACGAUCGACACGUAGUCUACUCGAUGAAUCCCCACACCGUCACCAUCGACGAUGGCUCUGAGAGCGGCAACGACAGCGACGUUAUAAUAGUGGGUAGCAGCAAUCCGCAGGAGCCGGUCGUUAUAGACCUGGUAGACUCGGAUUCCGAUGAUCCCAUCGUGGUGCCCGACGAUUCGCCCACGCCCCCGGCUUCGAUAGCCGUGCGAGACAACACGCCCGAACAAGAGGCCAGGGCGCCGGUGUUGCCGCUCAAGUUGCGCUUGAAGAACAAGAGGAGAUCCAGAGAGGAGGAGCGAGAGAAGCGGUACAGGAAGAAAUCGAAGAGGUAUCGGUCGAGUUCCAGUUCGAGCGAUAGCUCGUGGAAAUCAUCCGAAAGGCAUCGCAGGAAGAAGAAGCCGAAGAAAUCGAAAAAACGCCGUUCGUCGUCGACGGAUAGCGAUUCAUCGGAUUCCGGUAAGGACGUUCCGAAAUUGCGGGGAUCGGCGAGGAUUUUGAACCGUCACAAGUCUUCGAAAACCAACCAGGGUGCGAGUUCGAACGAAGUGGUAACGCGCUCUGCGGCCGACGAGGGCGCCGGUUGUUCCGGUUUGUUGCUGAACAUUGGGAAUUUCGAGGGGAGUUUGGCCGGCGUUCCGAUCGAUCCGGACCGUCCGAGCUGUUCGAGGUACUCGUGCACGCCGACUCCGCGGUUGGCGUUCGGCAGCCCGGCCAGUACGACAUCGUGGAACGAAUCGACGGACGACGAGUUCAACGAGGUGAAAGUUAAGAGUGAGGUUAAAGUGAAAACGGAGGGGGAGAGAAGUGCGAAGCCGAGCGAGAGGUUGAGGAAUAUAACGUUGAAGAAGGAGAAUUCGAGUAAUACUUGGUACACGUACCAUCCUGAUUACGAUUCGUCGUCGCCGGAGUAUUAGGAUUUUGAUUCUAGUUGUAAUUUACGAUGGUUUAGUCGGGAAGAGGAAAGUUCCGUACUGUGUUCUGAACGGUUCUGGAUUAUUUGUCGAAAUAUAAGUGAGCUUAGACAAUGGUUUUUGGCUUUUAAAUUAUGUUCGUUUUGUAGUGUGAUUAAACUAGCAUGUUUUUUUUUUUCACUACGAGUAAUUUUUCUAUUUUUAUUGUAAAUAAUGUAAACGUAAUUUAUUAUUUUAUGAUAGUUGUAAUUUAAAAAUCCGUGAGAGUAUCGAAUGAUGAUUCUAAAUUCGAUUUGUAAAAACCACUUGUAUAGCAAACAAGCAAAAUUUAUGAGAAUUGAAUUUUUUAUCCUAUCUAUUAAUGUAAGUACAUGAUUAUGGAAAAUAAACAAGUUCGUUAAAUUGUAAUCAUUUUUGUCACAUAUUCGAUGAUAGCAAUAUUAUCAAUGAUUAAUUGCAUCAUGAUCAGAUUUUUUGGAACAAGGAACUGUAAGAGUCAUCUUGGGAAAAUUUUAAUUAUUUUGGGACAUGACAGAUGUCAAAAGUCAAUGGACACUGUCAAUUGCCAUUAUUGCGCUUGACACCGUUUUGGAAGCAUUUUUGAACGAAAUGAAUUUAAGUGAA